UCCAGUGGGAGACUGUACAGGGAUCAAGUCCAAGCAAGGAGUCCACAUCCAGAGGAAGCAGAGAUACUGGUGGAGGUCUUUUCAGCACCUAGUCUGAGGGACGUGGGUGUCCCCUGGAUCAGUCCACCAUGAGAGCGUCCAUCCUCCUGCUCCUGUCGUCAGCCUGGGCUCUCUCCAGUGCCCAGAACUACUACCAGGGCCUGAUGGACUACCUGGAGAACAGAUUCCUUGCUAUGGAGGAUCGUAUGGAGGUUUGGCACGAGCAGUCGAACCGCUACCACACCGAGCUCCGAGACUUCAAGCGUCUGUCCGCUGACAUCAUGGAGCGCCUGGGCAAGGAGCACGGCACCCUCCACCUUGACCUGGAGCGGGCGGGGGUCAAGGUGGAGCGGGUGGAGCGCGAGAUGGAGUACCUGGAGAGCAGGAACCCCCCAAGGCCGUGUGUCAAUGCGGCAGACAGAGUGGUGGAGCAGCGAACCUGGAGAGUGGAGGAGAGGAGAGGGGGAGUGGAGGAGGAGGAGGAGGAGGAGGAGGAGGAGGGGGCCUGGGAGGAGGAGUUCUCCAGAGUCUCGGACUGUGUGGAUGUCAUCUCCAACAUCAGGUCUGUGAAGAUUCUGAAGAAAGUAGGCAGUCCCAAGGGCAUGUGGACCAGAGACCCCCUGUCCUCUAAAGUGUACGUCUUCAAUGGGACAGCAGAAGACACCCUGCACCAGUUCCGCUCUGUGCUGGAUCUUUCCACCUCCCCAGGGCUGGACCUCAGCAGGCCCAUCAGGCUGCCCUCCCGGGUCAGCAGCCUGGGCAGCGCCGUCUACAACGGAUACCUGUACUACGUCAGGGAGGAAGCCGGGGCUGACCUCCAGGUGGUCAAAUACGACCUGCUGAACGCUUCGGUGACCGAGAGCGCCAUGUUCCCUGUGACCGGCCGAGCUCCAGUAUACAGCCUCAACCCAGAGACGCUCGUGGACCUGGCUGCAGACCACGAAGGACUGUGGGCCCUGUACUCCGCCAGCGACUGGGAGCCCAACAUCAACCUGGCCAAAAUGGACCGGGACUCCCUGGACAUCGAGCAGAUGUGGGACACAAGGUGCCCGCGGGAGAACGCCGAGGCGGCCUUCGUGGUGUGCGGGACGGUGUACGUGGUGUACAACACCAGGCAGCCCAGUCGCUCCCGGGUGCAGUGUGUGUUCGACGUCAACGACGUUCUGACUAGCGAGGAGGCUCCGCUGCUUUACUUCCCGCGGCGGUACGGCGCCCACGCCAGCCUCAAGUACAACCCUGAGGAGAGGCAGCUGUACGGCUGGGAUGACGGCUACCAGAUUCUCUACAGACUGGCCCUGAGAAGGAAGCAGCUGGUUUGAGAUUCAAUUGAAAUCUGAAGAACUGCUUUUUAAAUCCAGGGAGUGAAGUCAGGUGCAUUGCCGACACACAGACCACAGUGGACUUGGAUAGGUUGCCUUUUCCACUUGCGCCACAACCCUUAUUGUGUCCUGGAAGCCUUUUCUCAAAAUACAUGCAGUUGGAUUUACUGUAAAUCCUGUAGGUGUGUAAUGUUAAAUACAGUAUUUCUGUACAGUGCAA